AUGUCGUCAGAAAACAGUGACGCUAGAUCAUUGAAAGAGGAGGAUGAUUUUAAAUAUAACCCUGAGCUCAACUACCCCAUGGUCAAGCUGGCUGACUUACCCGAGCCCCCCAAGAAUUGGCGUGUCUGUGGGCGAACAGCAGAGGAAGCUUCCAAAGCUCGAAAAGCAACCAGCGAGGAGGCGAAGAAAUGGGUAAGAUACCACAGUUGGGGCAUCGAUAUGGGCGUGAAGGGCGACUUGACCAAUCUCAGGUGCUUCAAAGUCCUGUGGAAGCUCUUCUACUAUCAGCAGGACAAACAUCGACCUCAAGACUUCGAUCAAAUAAAGGACUUUAAGACGAGAGAUGCUGGUCCUCGGCUGUUGCAAUGCUCGCUGGAUGUGCCUGGCCUCCUUCCAAUCAGCAGGUACUAUCCUCAUCCACCCCCUGCCACUAGGCUUCCGGCGGAAGGGUUCCACAGGCCCCUCGAUGCUCUAGCGAGCAGGCCAGAUAGCCACAUAGAACAGAUGCUGUAUCCGGUAUUUGGUGUCCCGAAAGAAGUCGACAAUUUUCCCGAAGAGAUCGAGACACCUACCGCUCAGGCCACAGGCAAUAGCACAGGCAACAGAAACCAACACAAGAUACGUCUUCCUAAAGUUAUGGCCCGAUCCGUUAUGGAGGCUAUUGAACGCACUGUGAUGCAAUUCGCCUAUGAAGAUCUCGCUCGAGAUUGCAGCGCUGUUGCUCAAGAUGGUCAGGUACACCUGACUGCGAAGACGGAAGAAGAUCUACGGCAAGCCAAUAUCGGGUCCUUUCCCGCAACAUCCCAUGUGAAACUCGCUGUGGAUCCUGACAAUAGCGAUAGACUAGUUUUCAGUGCGGACGGCGAUAAAUACCCUUACAGGGGCCGUGGACCCGUGUACCGUAACAAUUCUUCUGGCAUCGACAGUAUCAUUGUCCUUGGUAAGUUGCUCGACGCGGGAUCCACCGUGCUGGACCGCAAAGAUCCUGAAUGGCGCGGGCGCUUCACCAAUGUGGAGAAGGCCUUUAUUGAGGCUACUGAUGUCAAUUGGGAUCUUUGCUCAAGAGGUGAUUCUCGAGAUCGCUUCUGGGCAGUGAUGGCAGCGGAGGCCGAAAAUGUCGGAGUAGGUGUACAGUCCCCUCUCCUUGACAUGUGGAAUGUGUCAACAGAACAUUUCGACCAGUUCUUGUUCACAUAUGAUGAGCAAACUACUUUCUGCUCCCCAUGCACGAACAGGACUACGAAUGCUGCGUACCAGAGCGCAACUGUGGCACCACCUACAUGUCCGGAGGACAUGAAAGGAGUAUCGAUGCAACAGUUGAUCUCCCGUUCGUUUGCAUCGGAGUACAUCAGCCGCUGUGGCAAAUGUCAAGAUAAAGUCGUGAAGUGUCGGAGAAUGCUGCAUGGCCUACCGAUGCGCUUGACUGUAACUCUUGAUGGCAGUGUGCCUGUCAAGAAACACACCCGAGAUAUAUCCUUCGACUAUAUUACCAACGGUGGCGAACGCGGAACAGCAGCAUACCGCUGGCUAGGCGGGAUAUACUGUAAGGCCGACCACUAUCGGGUCUACUGGAAUGACACUAAGCGGGGAGAAGUCGAUACAGGCCAAAUCCAGAUGUAUGACAGUGCCAUGCUUUCGGGCGUCAUCGUCGGAGGUAUCGCCCAAGCACACAGAGACGACAAAGUACCCGAAACCUGGUGGAAGAACAAGCCUGUGCCGCUCCUCGUCUACGAACGCAUCAUGAAUCCAGACGAUGAGGUCAUGAACGUCGCCUUGCACGCGUUAGGUGACAUGGUCAAAGUCAGAAAUCAGCAGAAGUUGCUCCUCCAGGGGCAUAUUUCCUGGACACCCUCGGAACCCCCAAGAGCUCGGGCAGGCUUUCCGUGGAGGCGACUUAUCGAUCGAAAAGAAGAUCGCUUUCACCUAGCCUCAGGUGCUUAUGACCCGAGAAACCAAGGCCAAAUAUCGACGGAGCCUUCAGGCGUUGAUCGUCAUGCCAACAUACCCGGCCCAUCUUCAGCUGGUCCGUCGAAGAUAGAUGUCGGAUCUUCGACGUCUUCAGCACCCGUACCAGAACCGCAACCAGAGAUAGGGAGGAUAUCACCCUCGUUGUGGGAGGCUCCGACUGCUUCUAUGUUUGCUGAAAUCUCGCCUCUAUUCGCACUCGCCCCGACCCCUUCUUUAUCGGGUCUAGAAUCUAUUAUAGAGGACACCGCGCUGAUUAAUGAACAGCUCAAUGGACCACAUCAAGAACAAUAUCGUGCGCAAAGCAACGUACAAAAUAAUGCACAGUAUGCUACACAGUCCAGCUCGCAGCUCCAUGCGGGGCAUAACAUGCAGCAGACUACGCAGCCGAGUGGACAGCAACAUGGCCAAGCUGAUAGGCAAUACAACGCAACACAGACGAAUACACAGUACCAGCGCCCGUAUAACCCACAUCACCGUACACAGACCACUGCGCAGCAACCGAACGGAUAUAACGCACAACAGCAUCAGGUGCAGCAUAAUGCGCAAUACCGCGUCCAGCCAAGUACACAUCCUCACGAGCCGCACGGCACAUUCAACGAUACAUCUUUUGGCCUGCAGGACAUCAUGCAUGACGGACUUUUCCAAGAUUGGACUUCUGGAGGAAUCGACGACUUCGGUUUUAGUUUUCCGGAGCUCAGCAGCAGCAUAUUUUUCUCACCAAAGCCGAGUCACGCUAGCAGUACGAACAGCGCUCCAGCUCCCGUCGAAAAUAGCAUCAAACAUUCCCAUCAGAACACCAACAAUGGCGGCUCGAUGCCACAGUACAUUGAUCCUAGCGUCUUGACUGCAGCUCCGCAGAACCCAUCAUCGCUACCACAGCAGGUCCGGCCGAGGCCCGUGGACGGUCAAAGGCCUGCGUCGCACGUUGCGCCUGCGGCGGGUAUUCGAUGGCAUAGCCACGGGAAUGUAGCCAGCUCCCACAUGUCGGCGAACCAGACACCGCAAGGGUCAAAAAGAAAGAGAGUCGAUGAGGCAGAGCCACGGCGGCAUCCGCCGAAUUUGCGUUGA